GCGCUUCUCUGUGCGCGUGUGUCUAUCUGGGGAGAAGAGGUUUGGGUGACAGACCAGAGGUUGGGGGAAGAGUUUGCCAGCUCGACUCGCAGUCUCACUCCCUGAUUUCUCGGCGGAAGGACCCAAGACCGUCUCAGCAGGCGGCUGGCCCAUCUUCCCGCACCACCGCUGCCCUACAGCGGCCGCUCCUCUCCCAGCCCGGCAGAUUGGUCGGCAGGCACCCUAGCUAGUCGGCAGCUUCACGACCCCGUGUGUCACAAGCUUUGCCGUGGGCACCGAACACCCCUGGAACCACAAAGUGGGAUGUUGUUCGGACAUUUGCGCUAAGUGACCCCACACUGGACCCAGGUCGCUCUAGCUUCUGGCCAUCGUCUGAGAGGCGGCGGCGGAGGGGAUGAGCACCGGACGCGCUAAGCGCCUACCGCGAGCUAUCCCUGGGAGGUGGACACCCAGCAGGGCUCCUCGAAGGACCGCGCGGACCUUUACCUCCCCCGGUACAAGGUGGCGAAAGCUUCUUGUUGAGCCUGGGGUCAGGAUGCUCUGGGCACCUCCCUGCUGCUGAGAUGUUCUGCUUCCAGGCUCUGCCAUCCCCAGCCCGGGUCUCAGGAGGGGACGACUGAGUGAGCCCGGCAUCAGCCCUUCGUGCAGGUGGAUGAAAAGUGCCGGAGGCCUUGUAUGGAAUCAGCGAUCACAUUUUAAGAGCCAUGGACGAAGGGACUGCGCAGUCCCGGGCCCAAGAGCAGCUAGAGGAAUCUUCCUCGGUAGGAGCUGUCCAAGACAAGUGCGAAUCAGAGUCCUUCAGGUCCAAGAGUUUACCGGUCCUGCACAGCGCCUCCUGCCGGCAGAAUCCCAGUGCUGGGAAUGCAGAUGGCAAACUGGCCCUGGGCUGCACUGAAUGCCAGGAGACACAUCUAGGACGGAACUUGAUAGUUCCCAGCCCUUCUGCUCCAUCCACCUCGGCGGGCACUACAAUGGAACAGAUGGACUGUAACCACAGGAUAGACCCCAGCAAAACUGUGUCAGUAUCUUCCACUUUGGCCACACUUCAGGAGAGAAGGUGUCUCUACAUGGUCCUUACGGAUUCUCGCUGCUUCCUAGUGUGCAUGUGUUUUCUGACUUUCAUCCAGGCAUUAAUGGUCUCUGGGUACCUGAGCAGUGUUAUCACCACCAUCGAAAGGCGCUAUAGCCUGAAGAGCUCUGAGUCAGGGCUGCUGGUCAGCUGCUUUGAUAUAGGAAACCUGGUGGUGGUGGUGUUCGUCAGCUACUUUGGUGGCCGUGGGCGAAGGCCUCUGUGGCUGGCGGUGGGUGGACUUCUUAUCGCCAUCGGGGCUGCGCUCUUCGCUUUACCUCACUUUAUCUCGCCUCCCUAUCAAAUCCAAGAGUUGAACGACUCAGCCUCCAACGAUGGCCUUUGUCAGAAUGGCAACUCCACGGCAGUCUUGGAGCCCCCUCCCUGUCCCAAGGACUCGGGAGGAAAUAGUCACUGGAUCUACGUGGCUUUAUUCGUUUGUGCACAGGUUCUCAUUGGAAUGGGCUCUACACCAAUUUACACCCUGGGGCCAACUUAUUUAGAUGACAACGUCAAGAAAGACAAUGCGUCCUUGUACCUAGCCAUCAUGUAUGUCAUGGGAGCUCUCGGCCCUGCAGUAGGAUACUUACUAGGUGGGCUACUCAUCGGCUUUUAUGUGCAUCCCAGAAAUCCCAUUCACCUUGAUCAGAGCGACCCUCGUUUCAUUGGAAACUGGUGGAGUGGAUUCCUUCUUUGUGCCAUUGCAAUGUUUCUUGUGAUAUUCCCAAUGUUUACUUUUCCAAAAAAGCUUCCGCCUCGACACAAGAAAAAGAAAAAGUUUUCUGCUGAUGUCAUUAGCGACGAUGACAUCAUCAAGGAGAAAUCAAACAUGAGUGAGCAAAUGAACAAAAAAGUUUCUUCAAUGGGCUUUGGAAAGAAUGUCAGAGACCUCCCGAGAGCAGCUGUCAGGAUCUUAAGCAACAUGACAUUCCUUUUUGUGAGUCUGUCAUACACAGCUGAGAGUGCCAUUGUCACCGCUUUCAUUACCUUCAUCCCCAAGUUCAUCGAGUCACAGUUUGGUAUCCCAGCUUCCAAUGCCAGCAUCUACACUGGUGUCAUUAUUGUCCCUAGUGCUGGCGUUGGCAUUGUCCUGGGAGGCUACAUCAUAAAAAAACUGAAGCUUGGUGCAAGAGAAUCUGCAAAACUAGCAAUGAUCUGCAGCGGGGUGUCUCUGCUGUGCUUCUCAACCCUGUUCAUUGUUGGCUGUGAAAGCAUUAAUCUAGGAGGCAUAAAUAUCCCUUACACAACGGGACCUUCUCUGACCAUGCCCCAUAGGAAUCUGACAGGAAGCUGCAAUGUUAAUUGUGGUUGUAAAAUACAUGAAUAUGAGCCAGUCUGUGGAUCAGAUGGGAUCACAUACUUCAACCCAUGCCUGGCUGGCUGUGUUAACAGUGGUAAUCUUACCACUGGGGUCCGAAAUUACACAGAGUGUACCUGCGUCCAAAGUCGACAAGUGAUCACCCCGCCCACGGUCGGGCAGCGCAGCCAGCUCCGAGUGGUUAUCGUGAAAACCUAUCUCAAUGAGAACGGCUAUGCUGUGUCUGGGAAGUGCAAACGCACCUGCAAUACCCUCAUCCCCUUUCUGGUCUUCCUCUUCAUAGUUACCUUCAUCACAGCAUGUGCCCAACCAUCAGCCAUUAUAGUGACUCUCAGGUCUGUGGAAGAUGAGGAAAGGCCCUUUGCAUUGGGAAUGCAGUUUGUUUUGUUGCGAACACUUGCAUACAUUCCUACUCCGAUUUACUUUGGAGCUGUGAUUGACACCACCUGUAUGCUCUGGCAGCAGGAAUGCGGAGUGCAGGGCUCUUGCUGGGAGUACAACGUGACGUCAUUUCGUUUUGUCUACUUUGGCUUGGCGGCUGGCCUCAAGUUUGUUGGUUUUAUUUUUAUUUUCCUGGCCUGGUACUCUAUCAAGUACAAAGAGGAUGGAUUGCAGAGGCGGAGGGGUGGAGAAUUCCCACUGAGCACUGUGAGCGAGCAAGUGGGCCGACCCAGCAAAGCUGAGAAAUACUCCCGGACUACAUCAUGCCCCGCCUUCAGCACCCAGGGGGAGUUUCAUGAAGAAACUGCUCUGCAAAAGGGAUUCCCGGGCACCACACAGACGUAUCCUGGACCUUUCUCAGAAGCAAUAAGUUCCUCUGCAGACCCUGGGCUGGACGAGAGCCCCGAUGCUGCCUUGUAGCAUCCCCGCUGAAGCCUGGAGGACGAGGACGUAUUUUGUUGGUUGAGUUGAAUACGGCAAGUUGAGAAACACCUGUGCCUUCUUUCUGUUUUUAAACCUCCACAGACACAAUCCUCAAACCAACAAAGCUCAGUAUGCACAGUCACUGUGGAUGAGGGCUGGAUACCUCAGCAAGACUCACAGCCUUGCCCCUCUUCUCCAGGGAGGAGCUUAGCGAGAUCUGUCGUCAUGUCUGCUAGGUUCACUUAGUGUUCAUGCUCCCGUUUGAUAGAAGCCUGAGGUCCAUGGUUAGCAUGGGAAAGGCUGUGACCACCACAUAUCAUUAGCAUACACUCCAGAGAAAGGUGAGCUUGACUAUCACUUUGUGUUUUUAGAUUUGAGCACCUACUGUGACUUCUCCAGCAAAGCACAAUUGAAUUUGCCUCAACUAUGCAAUUUGAUUGGAAAUAGAAAAGUGUGGCAUGUCCCUUUGACUUUCAGAGAGGAAAGCAGAUAUCUUUUUCACAAGUGGAAACUGAAUGUUAUCUAAAGAACUGUUAAUCACAAUUUAAGCCAUAACAGACUUAUCAAUCAGGUAAACCAUUUCAAAUGCUUCAAAGAACUGUAUUCUGCAAUGGAAGGAUUUCUUAAGCUAUAUCUUCUCUUAGUCUGUUUAUGCAAUCUUAAGGUAGAUCAAGAGGCUGCUGAAUCAUCAUCUGAUAGCUUGAAUAUAUGAACUAUAGUAUUCUUUCAUAAGGGGCUUUAAAACUAGUGUGCUAAACAGUAUGGCUAGAAACUGUAAUUUGAGAUGCAUACUGAGGAAGGAAAUGAUAGCCUUCUUAUCGGAGGAAUUCUUUCAGCUCUUAAGGGCCCACUAAAACUAGCUAAGACUACUUAGUAAAACUACUUUGACAUUCAAAAUAGUUGAUAAAGAAAUUCCCAAGGUGAGAUUGAGUCCCAACUAGGGAAUUUCACUUAUAUCUUUAACAUACUGGCAAAUCUCUACCGAUUUUCUUUUCUGUAUAGAAAGUGGUCAUGGUUGCCUUAGAAAAUGAAUAAUUCAGUCAGGAAAACUGUACCUGGGAUAUGAGAAUCACUGCACAGUAGACAGGAGAUAUGUGAGCUGAAUAUGGAAUAUGAUCAUACUUUGAAUAAUGAAUUGGAUUGUAAAGCAAGCUAGUCUACCAUAUUUAAUCCUGCAUUCUCAAAGCAUCACUUCACGGUGCCCUGUGCAUCUCUGUUCUAUCCUUUCUUAAGUGGCUUUGAGAGAGGAUAAUUCCCUUCCUAAAGGCACCUUGGGUCCAUUGUUCAGCAUUAUCUCUUGGCUUUAGUGCUGCUCAAAAUGCUUUCUGUAUGGUUCUUAAGACAGAGGCCUCUUGCCAAGCCUCUGUGCAUUGACACUUGGUAACUCCUAGGAUCUGGCCAAUGCACCAUAAAAUUGUGGCCUCUCUGUCAAGGACCUCAUGUCAUAUAAGGUGACCUCAGGAAAUGUUUUUUUUUUUUUUUUUUAAUCUGGAAGAGAGGUGCCUGGCAGAUGGGCAUUCUUGGCAGGCCACACAGGUAGAAUUGUAAGUAUUCUUAAUACAGUUCCUGGGUAUAGGAUUGAUUUCCUGUCCAUGUAGGAAACUUUCUAGUCAAGUGAUUUUUCUGGGUUCAUGCAGUUUGUGGAGGGGGCGUUCACCCUUAGACUGGGUAAUGUCGAUAAGAGAUGGAGCUAGUGCCUAGGUGAAAAGAACCUUGCUUUGACUCUUGGGCUUGGCUGCAUGGAGGAGGUGGGGUCAUGCUUAGCUAUGAUAGAUUGUGAAUGCUGUGUGUCAGAUUGUGACCAAUGCAACAGACAUGAGAAGUUUUCAUAAAGUAGUGCAGAUUAGCCCACAGUGUACUCUUGGGACUGGGUGUCCCUCAUUGACUUCUGUGGGUGAUUGUCAUCUUAUAAAAGGGAUAGUGAGUGUCCUUUGGUGUUGAUGGUAAGCUAUAUAGGUUGUAGAGAGGUGGUGCUUUCUUAAUUUUUCUGUGAUAAUUAAGAUAUUAUAUUAAGAGACCGACUUCUGGUAGAAUUGGUCCUGUUUGGGUACUAAGAUUAAUGGGCUCACCAAGGGUAAUUAGAAAGCUUCUGGUCCCUUUCUCUAUAUUGAAUUCAGUCCAGCAAUUUAUGACUGGGCACUGGUUAUGUGUUGAUACCAUUCACUGCUCCGUGAAAUCCUUUGGGAUGCUGAGGUCAGAACUCAAAGACAUUGACUUGGGAUGUGCACUAUAGUAUGCAAAUAUUAAAUAUUAAUAUUAGGUAGCAGGUGUAUCAUUAAUGUGCUGGUGGUAACUGGAGAGUAUGUCCUGAAAGUCAUGAGGGAAUGAAGUUCUGCAUUAUAUAUCAAUUAAAGAUUGCUCCCCAGAUGUUUUGGGCUCUGGUAGCAUCAUCUGAAUUUUGCCUUGCUAGUGAGUGACUAUUUCAUAGGUAGUACUAGUCAGUUGUACAUAGAGAAGAGGUCUUCUGUUUCUAGUAAACUGGUUGUUUUACUUGUAGUCACAUCUCUUAACAGAAACUUUAAUUGUUUUCCGAGCAUAGGCUUUGAAUUAGCUGUUUUUACAAAAGGGCAAGUUGUUCUUGUAUCAUCUCUAUAAAUUAAUGUGUUGUUUGGUUUUAAUAUGCAAAUGUAAUAUGCAGCUCAUUGACUUGAAAACUUUCAAGGGGCCGAGGGAGGAAGGAAGGAGGUGGAAAACCUUUUGAUUUUCUUCCUUAGUAUGAGGUUCUUGUGUCAUGGAGGUGGAGUUACUGUUGAAAACAGUCAGAAGUCAUUUGAAGCACCCUGGGGGAUGAUGAGAAAGAGCAUUUGUUGUGGUGACUGUUUGCAGAGUGGUUUCCCAACAUUCAAACCCCACUGCAUUUCCCAGGUUAAGAGCAUGGACACAUGUUUUCCUCGGUUCAGGACUGAGCUCAGGACCUUCAUGUGACCUUAAGCACAUGUUCUCCCCCCAACCCCACCCAGCAGCUCCCCAACCUUCUCUGGAGAGGAUUUGUGUUUGUUUGUUUAAAAAACAGGCUUGAACCCUAGGCUCAGAAAGUUAAAGCCAGUUCUUCAGGGUGGCAGUGACAAUGUUGGGUGGUACGUCCACUGUAAAGUAAGCUAGCACCUAUCACUUUUUGACAUAUUAUUGUUUUUGAGGUUUUAGAGACAGUCUUCAAAGUAGAGAUGUUUCCUUGUAUGAAUAGAAGAAACAUAGCACAUGCCCAUGGGAGCCAACUACACUUCAUGUUUAACUAGAUUGUUCAAAGUAAGUGUUAUUUAUGUAGCCAUGUAUAAUAUUAAAAUCAUUUAUUAUAACGUACCAAAUGUUUAUUUAUAAGGUGAGUUUAAUUGAGAACACAUCCAGUUUGGGUAUUAAUUGGGAUCUUAGCAAAAUUUCCUAAAGUGAAAUUUUAUGAAGAAAAGGUUAAUUCUGAUUGGUUGUAUCUGAGCUUUGGGGGUUUUAGGUGUGCUAUUUAACUUUUUUCUCUCCUGUCAGUAGAUUAACAUUUCUUCUAACCUGUAGACAGCCAUGGGGUUUCAGAUUCUUAGUGAAGAUUUAAAAGGAACAUGGAAAAUAUGCUCCAAGCCACAGACCCCAUCUGUCACCUCAAGUGACUGUGACAGUAAACUGCAUCUUUACACUCAGGGAAGCUGGCACCCACAGGAGUUGAUAGAGUGGGGUUCCCAAAGCUCUCAGAAAUCCUGCCCCACCAGCCACCCAAAAUUUCUGUUUGGUCCACAGUUCUAGCUCACAAUCUUUGAUGAACUUCUAGCCAGAAAGUGUCUUCUUUGUUUGUUUUGAUUUUGAGGCUGCUUUGUAGAAACCCUGUGUACACCAAGGAACAUCUCCACAGUGUCCCAAAGCCCCCGUGGGGACCUCUCCCAUGAGCUCUGUGGCAAGCCAAGCACUUGCCUAAGGUGCUAGCUGAUACCUUGUGACAGUCUCUCUCUCUCUCUCUCUCUCUCUCUCUCU